CACUUUUGUAAAUUCGCGGGAAGCAAAAGCAAAUUACCGACAGCCCUGUAAACAACAUUGAAUUGCGUAUAAUUUUGCAAAUAAAAUAAUGGCAUUCGAUCCACGUACAAUUAUUAACGGCGGUAUGCUGAAACAAUUUAAUGGUCAGACAAUUAGCAUUAUGGUACGUGUGGAAAGUGUGGCUGGUUCACAACUUGUAGCCACCUCCACAGAUAAACAGAAGCUGCGAAUAAAUUUGUCCAGCGGAGAACUAUCUUCAGCAGAAGGCGCUUGGGUGGAGGUAAUCGGAGUGCCUCAUGGCAACGACACCAUAAGAGCACAAGAGGUCAUUGAAUUCGGUGGAGAGGAAAUUGACUUUGAUGCCGAUGGCUAUAACAGUUUGGCCCAUUUGUUGAACAAUGUGAAGCAACUUUUCCGCAGUGGAUAAAUACAUCAUAGACUAGUUUAAGUUUUCUCAUUAAUUUCCGAUUUUCCUUAAUAUACACAUGCUAAUAUAAUGCA